AUGGGAUCAUCUGCUGUGAUACCUGCUACACAUGUGCUUUGCCUUUACUGGGAUCACCCUAACGUGUUCAUCGCCCUCGGUUACGAGAUUGCCACGGGUUUUUCGUAUGCUUUGGGAGCAGCGUUUUAUGUUAGUCGUGUGCCUGAGAGAUGGAAGCCUGGAGGGUUUGAUAUGGCAGGACAUAGCCAUCAGAUAUUCCAUGUGUUUGUAGUUUUUGGUGCUCUUGCUCAUUGUCUAACCACUCUUUUCAUCAUUGAUUUUAUAUUACUUGAUGUUGUGAUAGUUUUCAAUUCGGUAACCUCUACAUCAAAGGUGAUAUCGAUCUCAACCCUCGGCCUCCUCGCUAUCAUCACUCUCCUCUCUCCAGCUCUCUCAUCGCCGCGGUUCAGAGCAAAUCUUUCCCUAGCAAUGGGAUCAUCUGCUGUGAUACCUGCUACACAUGUGCUUUGCCUUUACUGGGAUCACCCUAACGUGUUCAUCGCCCUCGGUUACGAGAUUGCCACGGGUUUUUCGUAUGCUUUGGGAGCAGCGUUUUAUGUUAGUCGUGUGCCUGAGAGAUGGAAGCCUGGAGGGUUUGAUAUGGCAGGACAUAGCCAUCAGAUAUUCCAUGUGUUUGUAGUUUUUGGUGCUCUUGCUCAUUGUCUAACCACUCUUUUCAUCAUUGAUUUUGUACGGGCUUCCCCUUCUUGUGGGAUUUAG